CGACUUCAGCCUCAACCUCGUAUUUGAGACAUUUCACGGUCGAUUUGUAGACUUCAUUCUUCAAUGCUCUCGACGGUUGUCCCAACGUUCAACUCUUAAGUCGUCCUUCAACCUUCCUCUCAGGCUUGGUAAUUCCGCGAAUUGCGUGGGGAACCCCCGCAACCAACAAUCAAGAUGGGGAUGUGGAUAUUAGAAAGCAAGAGCAUGGAGCAUGUUCCAGGCACCACGCGAUAUUUUGACGACCCAGAGAGACCUCAAGCAGCUACAUCUGAGUCUGCCACCGGCCUGAAGUGCGAUACCUCUGGUCCUGUUCCGAUCAUUCUCGUCCCGCAACCAAGCGACGACCCAAAUGAUCCUCUUAACUGGCCACUAUGGAAACGCGAUGUUAUUCUCCUUAUCCUCUCCGUAGUUUCGAUUUUCGCCACAUCUCUUGGACCGAUACUCGCAGCGAACACCAUAACACUCUCCUUGGUCUUCUUGGUUAAGUUCACAAAGAUUGCCGAGCUUACAGGAUACUUCCUUUUGGGCGUUGGAAUUGCUGGCGUAUUGUGCGUUCCCUCGGCUCGCAUAUGGGGCAAGCGGCACUUGUUCCUACUUGGAACAAUCAUCUUAGUCUUUUCAAGCGGAUGGGGAGGGGCUUCACGAAGCUACACCAGUCUGCUGUGGGCAAGGAUAUUCCAAGGCAUUGGCACUGCUCCUUUUGAAGCGCUUGUCAAUGCUGCUGUUGGAGAUAUGUACUUCGUUCAUGAACGUGGUAAACGAAUGGCAUUGACCAAUCUCGCUGUCUUCGGUGGAGCUUUUUUCACACCAAUUCUGGUAGGAAAGAUUACCCACACACUUGGGUGGUGGUGGUCCUUCUACUUUGUCACCAUAUUUAUCGGCGUCUGCUUGCCGCUACUGUUCUUCUUCGUACCAGAGACAGCAUAUCGCCGAUCAACUCACCUCAACACCGAUCUAGCCUCUACGGACGACCUCCAACCCCUUAGCAAACCUCAAGAGUCUGGCCGUGAAGCCAACAAUAGCACUGAAAUCGAGCCGAAUAUGGCGGCAGAUACCACGCAAAGAGAAGUAGAGAAAGGUGUUCCUGAACCUGGAAGCCAACCUGUCUUAAAUGAUCAUCACUUCGCUGGAGCCGACACUCCCUUAAAGACCUACAAAGAGAAGCUCCUCCCGUUCAGUGGCCGGAAGACAGACGACAAUUUCUUCAAGCUAUUCCUCAGACCAUUUCCCCUUUUUGUGCACCCCGCAAUCUUUUGGGCUUGCCUAAUUCAAGGUACUAUGAUCGGGUGGACAGUUUUCAUAGGAAUUAUGCUGGCUGCAAUCUUCAUUGGGCCGCCUCUAUUUUGGGGCGAAGUUAACACAGGCUACGCAUACACCGGAGCAUUCCUUGGCUCUGUCAUCGGCUUCCUGAUUGCUGGUGGUCUCGCAGAUUGGAGCGCCAAAUAUAUGACCCGCAAGAACAACGGCAUCUACGAGCCUGAGUUCCGUAUUGUUCUUGUGAUUCCACAAACGAUAUUUGGUUGCACCGGCCUAUAUCUAUUUGGUGUUGUUUGUUCAAACCCUACCCAUUAUUCUUGGGUGUGGUCUGUUUUUGCAUUUGGAUUGCAAGUUGGUGGUAUGGUCAUUGGCGCCGUUGCUGCUAGUCUUUACAUUGUGGACGCUCAUCGGGACAUUGCCAUAGAAGCCUUCACUUGCAUUCUCAUAUUCAAGAACUUCUUCUCUUUCGGCUUGACUUUUAGUGCGUACGAUUGGAUCAUAAAAGGCGGCGUUUACCCAACAUUCAUGUGGAUUGCAAGCAUCCAGGUUGUGAUCUCUCUCUUGGCUAUUCCCAUGUACGUCUUUGGGAAACGCAACAGGAGCUUCUUCCAUAAACACGACAUCCUCAAGAUGACAGGCUUGGCUUGAAAAGUACAAGGAACAGACGUUUUGGCGCACUAUUGCUGGAGAAAAUGGUAAUUCAAUGCUGGAUAGCGGGUUCUUUCGCUGGAUAAGUCUGGACGCGUACAUAACUUCUUAGUGCUGUUAGAUGAAUUAAACUGCUGCUCGAUCAUCUCGACUACAUCAAGGAGGAAUGCGUACAGUGGUGUAAUGUCCUUGGGUCAAAUUUCUGGGCAUCAACCUCGUCAAGAUCCUUCCCCGCGCUCUCUGGCUAUGAACAAGAUGCUAGAUACAUAUCGUUGAGAGUACAAAAUAAUUAAAGUUAAAAUUUAG